AUAAUAAUGAACAAUGUUUCUUGUAAUAAAAGCUAGAGGGAUACUACAGAGCUCCAUAGCCUCCACCCAAUCAGAAGGUGUGGUAUUUGUGGCAAAGAUGAUAGCUGGUUUGAAUACUCAAUGGCAGGCAUUGCUGGGAACUCUUUUCACUUGGGGAGUAACAGCAGCGGGAGCAGCUCUAGUGUUUGUAAUAAAAGGAGGACAGAGAAAGAUCCUUGAUCUCAGUCUUGGCUUUGCAGCUGGAGUAAUGCUGGCUGCUAGUUACUGGUCACUGUUAGCUCCUGCCAUUGAAAUGUCUGAGGAUGUGUAUGGACAAUGGACUUUCCUUCAUAUUUCUGUUGGAUUUUCACUUGGUGGUCUGUUUGUGUAUCUUGCUGACCUUUUAAUGAGCAAACUUGGAGAGUCAAGCAGUAAUGAUAUCCUGGAGUCCAUUAAAGAGAUUGAGGAGAAAAAGAUAAAAUCUUCAAAGAAGGAGCAACCAUCAUCGAGCGACAUCAGACAAAGACAAAAAGGAUUUAUACAACAUGAAAAGCAUAAAAUAGAGCAAAGAGAGUUAGAAAGCGGAAAAAGAGACAUAGAGAAAGAGGAAGAAGUUCGUCUUAAAAGACAAAGUUGGAAGAGAAUCCUGUUAAUGAUCAUUGCAAUCACAGUUCACAACAUACCAGAAGGUUUGGCAGUUGGUGUGGGGUUUGGAGCCAUUGGAAAGUCGCCAAAAGCAACUUUUGAAAGUGCCAGGAACCUUGCAAUUGGGAUUGCAUUGCAAAACUUCCCGGAAGGAUUGGCAGUGAGUCUUCCUCUGAAUGCAGCUGGAGUUAGUCCAAUAAAGAGUUUCUGGUAUGGUCAGUUAAGUGGAAUGGUUGAACCAAUCGCUGGUGUGUUAGGAGCAAUCGCUGUCACUUUGAUUGAGCCACUUCUCCCGUAUGCAUUAGCCUUUGCUGCUGGUGCAAUGAUAUAUGUAGUUAUAGAUGACAUUAUACCAGAAGGAUGUGCCAGUGGUAAUGGUCGCUUGUGUAGUUUAGGAGGCAUGAUUGGAUUUGUUGUAAUGAUGGCACUCGACGUUGGAUUAAGCUAAAGACAAACACUUAUAUAUCAGUCAUC